UCGGCAGGGCUCCCUGCUCGGCCCGCGAUCGAUGCGCUCGGCCGCUCGGCGGGGCGCCCUGCUCGUCGCGGCCGCGCCCCCCGGAAGCGGAGACGGGCGGCGGCCAUGGCGGCCACGGCGGCGGAGCAGCGCUACCCGCGGAGCUCCAUCGAGGAUGACUUCAACUAUGGCAGCAACGUGGCCUCGGCCAGCGUCCACAUCCGCAUGGCGUUUCUACGAAAGGUCUACAGCAUUCUUUCUGUUCAAGUUCUAUUGACCACAGUCACAUCUGCAAUUUUCCUCUACUCUACUGGAGUGCAGGCAUUUGUUCAUGAGAGGCCUGCCUUGCUUUUAAUAUCUGGGUUUGGAUCUCUGGCAGUAAUCGUGGCACUGACCCUCUACAGACACCAGCACCCUGUUAAUUUAUACCUGCUGUUUGGAUUUACGCUCCUGGAAGCACUGACAGUUGCCAUUACAGUGAGUUUCUAUGAUGUCUCCAUCGUCUUGCAAGCCUUUAUUCUUACUACUGCUGUAUUUCUUGGAUUGACUGCAUAUACCUUGCAGUCAAAGAGAGACUUCAGCAAAUUUGGAGCAGGCCUCUUUGCUUGUUUGUGGAUUUUGAUCAUCUCGGGUUUCUUGAGGCUGUUUUUCUAUAGUGAGACAAUAGAGUUGGUGUUUGCUGCUGCUGGAGCUCUUCUGUUCUGUGGAUUUAUUAUUUAUGACACUCAUCUGCUGAUGCACAAGUUGUCCCCUGAAGAGUACAUACUGGCUGCAAUCAAUCUCUACUUGGACAUCAUAAAUCUGUUCCUACACCUGCUGCGUUUUCUGGAGGCAUUUAAUAAAAAAUAGUCAAAAGCAGAGUGGUUUGACUACAGCACAAUUAAAGUUAAGUUUAUGGAUGAUUUGCAAACUCAGUAGUUCUGCCUUCUAAAGACUGAAUCUUUAUUAUGUUUGCAUUCCAUGAAUAUUGGUCCCUCCUUAGGGGGAAAAAUGGCUUUUUACAUAGCUACAGUUCUUCUCCAGAGUAUGUAUAUUAUGUAACAUGCUGUCAUCAUUACAGUCCCUUUUUUAAUCACUUAAUUUGCAGUGUAAUUAAUGAUUAAAAUUUUGCCAACUCCUAUUUACUUCAGAGUUAGGUUCCCUGCUGUUCUGUAGCUGCUGAAAAUGUUUUCUUUGGGAUUGAUCAAUUGUUCAUGUACCACAUAAGGGUAGCAUGAGUUUACCAUUGUGCAAUGUGUCAGUGAGAUUAUUUUAUUUUAUUUUAGUUUUUGUUUGGUAAAUUGAAAUGCUGUCUCUGACAGAGGUACUCUGUCCUCGUUAAGAGCUGUACUAUGGAAGCUGUGAGGGUGUUAAAACAAUUAAAGGGAAUAUUCUUUAUUUUAGUACUAUUUAUUGCCUAUCUUUCAGUGCUCUGAAAAAUCAUUUGGAGAUUGAUUAUGGCAUUUUAUCGACUUAUGUAUAAUAAAACUCACCAUGUGUCCAUAAAAA